UGCUCGCCUGCGGUGAAGAGAUCCUGGCACGGUUUUUAGAUGACGGGAAGAAGGUUUUGGCUAGGCAUUACCAGUUGGAUGUGCUUGAUCCAGUCGUGUGGACCGAAGAGCCUGAUAAUCGGCACUCGCGACGUUUUUCCAUUAUCGACGGCCAACUGUACUCUAAUAAUAUUGCUGUAGAGGAGAGACAGAGCUUUAAUGAUAGUGAUCCAUUGGGUCUUAGACCAAGCAUAUUCAGCAACAAUGAGCAUAUCCAACGCGUGGCUCAAGGAGAUUACGAAUUCUUUAAAGAGCAAUCUCAACUAUUCGUCAGUUCGAAAUCGUUUAAUUCAAAAGUGUUUUUAAGAACGGUCCAUCUUGACACAUCAUAUGCAGACUUGUUAGUGGGAGCUCAGAAACUUAGAUUUACACUUGAUCAAAAAGCAGAAGCAUUAAAGAAAUUAGUACAUGACAAUUUCGAUGGAUUCGUCUCGGCAAAAAAUACAAUCGAUACUGUAUAUAAUGAAAUGAAAGCGAAAAGUUUGAACGAAAAAGAAGACUUUGGAAUCAGAUCUUUGGAUGUUGCGCUGACAGACGCAGCCGUUAAGGCCGAACAAGUUUUUGGUCCCGUGUUAGCUAAUCGAACUAAAGCAGAGAAGAUACGUAGUACUUUGAGUGUGUUAGAAAAGUUUAAAUUCUUUUUUAGUCUCCCAAGCUCUCUAACGGAUUCUCUCAAACAC